AUGUGGGGGAACAGUGAUGGAAACUUUGGCUUACGUCUGGAUGGAGAGCUGAAGGUGCACAAGGAUCUGGAUCGAGAGGAGGUCCCGGUCUACUCCAUCAUCAUCAAGGCUUCCAGCAACAGGAGCUGGACCCCUCCCCGGGGCCAGAGGGCAGCGAGGACCAGAGCCCUGGACCCCGCCCGGGACCCCAGCCUGCUGGAGGUCCGCAUCGAACUGGAAGACAUCAAUGACCAGAAACCACGCUUCACUAAGGCCGAGUACACUGCAGGAGUUGCAGCGAAUGCCAAAGUGGGCUCAGACCUGAUCAAGGUGGUGGCUUUAGAUAAUGACAUUGGUAACAACAGCUUGGUUCAGUACCACAUCGUUACCAUCCGCUACUUCCAGUCACAGAGCAAUGGCAGCGAGGACGUCGGCAGCAUCUUCACCAUCGGUUUGACAGAUGGUAUCAUCCGAACAUACGACCUCUUCACCGCCUACAACCCCGGCUACUUCCAGCUGGAGAUUUUGGCGUGUGAUUACGCCGGACACAGCACAACCACCAACGUGAACAUCUAUAUUCUCCGAGAUGACCAGAGGGUUAAGAUAGUCUUCAAUGAGAUCCCUGAUGUGGUGCGGGAAAACCAGGAAGAUUUCAUCAACCUGCUGUCCAACAUUACCGGAGCCAUUGUCAACUUAGAUGACAUACAGUUCCAUGUGGACAAGAAGGGCAGGGUCAGUUAUGCUCAGACAGACAUGCUCAUCCACGUUGUCAACAAUCAGACCAACACCAUUCUAGAUGUUGAAAGGGUGAUCCAGAUGAUAGAUGAGAACAAGGAGCAGCUCAGAAACCUGUUCAGGAAACACACAGUGGUGGACGUUCAGCCUGCCAUCAGUGACAAGCUGCCCGACGACAUCACCACACUACAGCUGGUCAUCAUCAUCCUGGCUGUUCUGCUGUGCUUGGCAGGAAUUCUGUUUGUCACAAUGAACUGGCACUACCGCAGAGUACACCAGAGGAAGCUGAAAGCCAUAGUCGCAGGAUCAACAGGGAACCAGGGUCUGAUGGAUAUCCUGGACAUGCCCAACACUAACAAGUACUCUUUUGAGGGGGCUAAUCCUGUGUGGCUGGAUCCGUUCUGCCGCAACCUGGAGCUGGCUGCUCAGGCGGACCACGAGGACGACCUGCCGGAGAACCUGAACGAGAUCACGGACCUGUGGAACAGCCCGGCACGCACGCAUGGCACAUUUGGUCGAGAGCCUCAGGCGAAGCCUGAAGAUGAUCGUUACUUGAGGGCAGCCAUCCAGGAGUACGACAACAUCGCUAAACUGGGCCAGAUCAUGAGGGAGGGGCCCAUCAAGGGUUCCCUGCUCAAUGUGGUGCUGGACGACUACAUGAGGCUGAAAAAGCUCUUUGCAGCCCGACUGGUCACAGUGUCCACCAGCCAGGGUGAUCAGUCAUCCGUCACUGAGCUGAUCCAGAGCGACCUGGACGACGAUGAGGACGAGCGUCUGGGCAUGGGGGGGGGCCGCGGCACACUGCGCUUCAAGCACAAGCUCCCAGUGGAGCUGAAGGGUCAAGAAGGAGUGCACGUGGUCCACGGCAGCACAGGCACCCUCCUGACCUCUGACCUCAGCAGCCUGCCAGAGGACGACCAGCGGGCCCUGGCGCGCUCUCUGGAGGCGCUUAACGCUGACGGGGGGCUCUACUCGGAGCGCAACGCCCGCACAGAGUCAGCCAAGUCCACCCCCAUGCACCGCCACAAGGACGGGGACACCCUGUCCCAGAGCCCCCUGGAGAUCACAGAGUUAUGACUAGCCGAGGCCUCGCUGGUCUGAGCUCAAGCAUGACUCGUGUGUGUCCUUGUGCCUCCACACCGCCACUCUGACGUGGACUGGGAGGACUGGGGGAGGAGUGUGUGUAGUUUAGGAAACCUCAUCAGCCAACCUCAGGGCAUCAGGGAGACAACCUGCAGGAAGACCCACUCACCAUUGGGUUGGAUUGUGCGGGUCUUAUGUUAGGUGGUCCCACGUUAGGUGCUUCAAGAGAAUAAAAAAAGACCGUAAGGACAUUUAAAAUCAUAAGCAGGGCACUUUUUCUUCAGCAAGACAAAAACAAAUGGGGUCAUUGGCUUACAUCCAAAGAGCUGAGCCUGAAUCUCCCUGUGGGAGCAGCUUGUUGAACCGGGACCUUAUAAUCGUCUAAAGGUGCCUCACUCUCACUAAUCCUUUUGAUGUCAUACCUGGACUGCAUACACAAGCACAAAUACACACACUCAAAAAAAAAGCUACACAAACUCAGACCAGCGGAUGGCCAUCAAUGGGAGAAAAUGUUGCAAAUCUUGUUAUCACGCUCUGAUAUUCUUUCUUUUUGCAAGACGACGCAAUCAGCGUUGAAGGAGUGAUAAUGGGACUUUUCUCUUUGGGAUAUUAGGUUCAUUUUGUUGUUGGGAAAUUAUAGAUGGAUAUUUAAUGCAGACAGAGCACUUCGAGUAUUGUCCCCAGAGACGCUCACACCACGAUCAAGAGAGGCCUGUGUGCAAUUGUUUAAGUACUGAAGUAGUUAGAUUUUAUGGAUGAAUGGCAAAAAGAGGAAACACUCCAGGACAAUCGGAGGAUGGUGCAAGAAGAAUAAAACAAUGUCCAAGACUGGAGCUACAUUAAUUUUAAAAAAAUACAAAACUUUGAAUGUUUUGGGAUACAUUUGAUAUCAAAGGCCGUUAAAGAAAGCCUUGGUAAGGAAUCGUAGAUGGAAUUUAAAAAAGUAUGAAUUAUACAAUUUUUAUAGACAAGAAGAUGGCAUUGUGCCCACAGAGACUUUACACUGCCACCUGAAGGACUAAAAGAGUCAUGCUCAAAAUGAGCAAUGUUUGCUUUAUUUUUUUAUUUUCUAGAAAAUGUGGUGGAAUAAAAAAUAUUUUUGAAGAAAAAUGCUGGCUUACCAAAAUAGGUAGGGAAUGCUUUUGGAUGUUUGGAGUAUGUGUAUAUCGUGCUAUGGUGACAUGUUGUUUCUGAUGAGUGGUGUGAUUUUUAAGAUUAUUUUUUUAUAUUCCCAUUUGUAAGUUUUUAUUUGUUUGUCAUUGUCCUGAGAUCUGUGUUGGGAAAUGUUGGAUGAUCUGUGAUAAUAAAGAAGAAAUAU